AUGUCCGAUCAGAAACCCGAAGUCGCCAAGUCUCAGGACCCCCAACAGUUCUUCCAGGCCAUCGGCGACAAGGUCCAGAACCUGACUCCUGCCACCAACGGCGACGCCGCGCAGGCAAACGGCGGCAACGACGACGACGAGAGGCCCCCGGUCGAGGAGGUUGAAUCUCUCUGCAUGAACUGCGGAAAGAAUGGCAUCACCCGACUCUUUCUCACGGCGAUCCCGUACUUUCGCGAAGUGAUCAUCAUGUCCUUCUACUGCGAGCACUGCGGCACUCAGAACAACGAGAUCCAGGCAGCGGGCACCAUGCAGCCCAAGGGCACGCACUACGAGCUUCGUCUGACGCAGAUGGACGACUUCCAGCGGCAGGUGGUCAAGUCGGACUCGGCGACGGUCAAGUUCAUCGAGCUGGACCUCGAGAUCCCCGCCGGGCGCGGGCAGCUGACCAACGUCGAGGGCCUCCUCCGUUCGGUGGUGGACGACCUGGAGAUGGGCCAGGAGGCGCGCAAGGAGCAGCUGCCUGAGCUGUUCCCCAAGGUGGCGCAGGUCAUCGCGCGCGGGCGCAGCAUGCUCCUGGGCGACGCCUUCCCCUUCCGCCUGUACGUCGACGACCCGGCCGGCAACUCGUUCAUCACGCCCGACCUCAAGGACGGCGUAGGCAAGUGGGAGAAGCGCGAGUACAUCCGCACGCCGGAGCAGAACGCCCAGCUCGGCCUCGGCGACAGCGGCGGCUCGGCCGCGGCCGGUGCCGUGUCCACCUCGGCCCUCACCACGGACGGCGACAUCAUCCCCAACGAGGUCUACAGCUUCCCCGCCACCUGCCCCGGCUGCAUGCACCCCUGCACCACCAACAUGAAGAUGGUCGACAUCCCCCACUUCAAGCAGGUCGUCAUCAUGUCCACCGUCUGCGACGACUGCGGCUACCGCUCCAACGACGUCAAGACGGGUGGGGAGAUACCCGCCCAGGGCGAGAAGAUCACCCUCAAGGUCGACGACGAGGUCGACCUGGCCCGCGACAUCCUCAAGAGCGAGACCUGCGGCCUCGAGUGCCCCGAGCUCGGCCUCGAGGUCCAGCCCGGCACCCUGGGCGGCCGCUUCACCACCGUAGAGGGCCUCCUCACCCAGGUCCGCGACGAUCUCCACGCCCAGAUCUUCGAGGCCAACGGCGGCGGCUCGCAGUCCCGCGGCGGAGACUCGCUCCCUUCCGAGGAGCGCACCCGAUGGGACGCCUUCUUCGACAAGCUCGACUCCGCCAUCCGCGGAGACGUCCCCUUCACCGUCGUACUCACCGACCCCAUCGCCAGCAGCUACGUCCAGCCUCUAGUAGACCCCCCCGCCCCGGACCCCAAGAUUCAACGUGUCUUGUAUGACCGUACCGAUGAGGAUGAAGAGGAGCUCGGCCUGAAGGAUAUGAAGGUGGAGGGGUACGAGGAGAAGACGACGGAUGUUGAGCCUACCGUUCACGAGUCAUGA